AUGCGCGAUUCAUUGAAAGAUAGUGUGCCCAAUGAGGCUGGAUCAGUGUCUCGGAAGCGGACGAGGAGCAAGGAUGAUGACGCUCCACCAGCCAAGCGUCGCGUUCUGACGAGUGCAAGAAGAGAGCAAAAUCGGCUCGCACAGAAAGCGUUUCGGGAACGUCAAAAGCGAGAGCGGCUGCGAUUGAAGCAAGAAAAGGCUCAAGCCAAGCAUGGGCAAAGCCUGAGACCACUGUUGAAGCGCGACAAGGCAUGCACAGACCAGAGUUUAAAUAAUCAAGACUCAGCCCAAAGUCCGCAACGACGAGAUGAGCAACUACGGGAAAAUUCACAGGUACUGCCAAAGAUCACUUGGGAGUCGGAAAUGGCAAGCCAAGCUGCUCAGGACUCAGACAGGAGCUCUGAGUAUAAUUUCCCGGACCUUUACCUGAACAUGCUUCAGUUCUCACCAACAGCAAUCUUCACCUCGUGCCUUACCAACGCAGUCUCACUCGGUAUCGACCCAUCUGUCAUCGCAAACUGCGGCGUGGAACACAUCUCACCAUUCUACCAACCCAACCUUUCAUAUACACUUGAUCACGCAGCCCUCAUCCAAGCAGGGUCAACCAUCAUCUCAUCAUUCAGCAACACCAGUAUCCCCAUUCAUCUCCGCCCAACAAUGGCACAAAUCCUCAUCCCGCAUCACACAAGCCUCGACCUCAUUCCCCUUCCUUUUUUACGCGAACGAGCAAUAAUGCUAUCAGCCGCAAUGCCCCAUGUAUUUAACAACUGGGAACUGAAACUAGAUAUCUAUGAGCGCGGCGGCUUGACCAUAUGGCGACUGAAGCAUGAGAAGGGAUCUAGUACGAGGGACUCUUAUCCGCCUUGGGAUAUGAAGAGUUGGGAGGCUGCGCCGUGGUUUUUGAAGAAGUGGUGCAUGCUUAUGGGGAGGGAGUAUGAUAAGCUAUAUAAUCAGAGUAUUGGAUGGCAGGUUGUCAGGGACAUGAUAUGUUCGAGAGAUGCACAGCGAUUGACAACUACUUGA